AUGAAGAUCUACACCGAGCGCUCCGACAUCUUCAUUAGCGGUAAGAUCGCAGAGAUCGCUCCGAGCCCUCCUUUCAACAUCGACGAGGUCAGCGAGAACGCGAUUCGAGAAGUACCUGCGGGAGAAGUUUUCUUCAGGCGGGUCACCAUCUUCGGCGGCGGCAGCAUCGAGGAUCUGUUUUUGGAGAACGUCAGCUGGGUGGGCGGACAGAUCGAAGACGAAAAAGCUUUAGAGCAGGUCAGCUACAACGCUGCUUUGUCUGACUUGGCGCCAUUCUUGCAGGCUGGAGUCGAUCGUCUCAUCGCGAGCCCAGGGGCGAGCAUGAACGGCGAGGCGAAGGGCAUGGGGCGCCCGUUGGCGACGACAUACUUGGACAUCGAGACGCAGGUCAAGGACUUGGUGGGUCGCGCGGCGCAGCAUCGCAAGAACAUGUUCCAGGCGAAUCCCUUAGACGAUACUACGUUAUUCGGCCGCUGCGUGCGCACGCAGCGCAUGAUGCAGCGGAUACUGCUUCGCCUCGAUUCUCUCCUUCUGACUGACAAGUGCCACGCCUUCGAGAAGGCUGGGUUCAUUUGCCGCCUCAACCCGCAGAGCGUGAGGCAGUGGAUCAAAUCUGCGGCAGUGUUUCCAGGGGCCACCAAAGCAAUUCUCUUGGUGAAGAUCUCGGCUGCUUUGCAAGCCAGCAACAAGCAUUGCAAGAGCGCCCUUCCUGAGUUCGACGCGGCGUUCGACGGCUCAGGGAACUACAGCGAGAAGAUCGGCGACACCCUUUUCAACAACAUGACUGGAACUGUGAACGCCUACAACGCGCUCCACAAGACAGUAUCGCGUGCGGCGCGGGCUGGCAAGCUCAUAGACGUGAGCCGCCCGAUCAAGGAGCCCGACACGACGGCAGAGGCCGCCGCGACAGCGCUCGCCCAGAUGGCGAAGGCGCAGCAAGUGGUGAGCAUGAUCAAGGGUGCGCAGCUGCUCCCGCCCUUGCGGACCGAGCCGAGUGGCCCGAAGCUGGCCCGCGAGUACCUCGCGGCGCACCGCGCCGAGAAGGCGGAAGACACCCCGAAGGGCUUCUGGGCCGAGUUCGACAGCAUUGCCCAGGGGCAGCGGGCCCCCGCCGCCGAGGGGGGCAGCUCCGAGGGCGGCGGCAGCGCGGCGGGCUCCGCGCGCGGGGCGCCGCGGCCGAAGGCGCAGCAGGAGGGGGCCUCGGCGGCGGAGGGCGACUCCCAGAAGCGCGCCUCCAGCGACAACUCCAGGGUCAAGCCCGGAGGCCUGAAGCGCGCGAAGCGCUCGUCGUGA